UUUAGCUCUUUUUCCCUUAUUAAAUAUGGCGGCGCUAGUGGAUUUGUUAUUAUUGCCGUUUCUCUAGCGGAAUAAAAAAAAAGUGGGACAAAAAAAAAAAGAAUCCGAAAAGCCCUGAGUUUCUCACACCCGGUAUGAACUUGGGGGAGGAGGAGGAUGCUGAGAACCACGGGCUUUUUCCGAGGGAUUGACUGUCCAUUUAUUAACAGCCCUGAUAAUGGUAUUAAUAACAAUAACGAUGCAAAGAACGGAGGGGAGCCCUGCAGCAGACCUUACUGUCACUUCAGACACUGCAAACCGUCUUCCAAGGAGAGCAAGGGAUGUAUCUCAGCGCAGCAGGAGCAAGGCUGCGACCUGUACAGCCCUGAAGUCACGAGGCCGGCGGGACAGAAUGGAGAGGAGUCGACUGGAAGCGACUCCGUGGAGCUGGAGCCCAGCAACCUAGAGCUGGAGCUGGUGAACCGGGCCAUUGAAGCUGUCAAGAGUGAAGUGGAGCGGGAGCAGAAGAAGCUGUCCUGGCUCGAGGACGUCGCUGAGAUCAAAGACGAAGCUUACAAUUCUCUUGAGUACGACCCCAGUAGCUAUCGGAUCAGUGCCGUCAGGGAUUACAACCCCACCCCACACUCUAGCAAGUACACACUGGACUCCGAUAGUAAGUCUAAAGGCAACUCACUGGAAUACGUUCCUGCAGCUGUAUCCAAGGCAGCAGUCAAAAAGGCAGCACCCUCAGCGUUGACUUGUAAUAAAUACACUAUUGACAAAACGAAACCCACAACUGAUCUGGAGUAUGACCCUUUGUCUAACUACUCAGCGAGGCACUUGAAUAAAAAGAACGCCAAGGACCUGAAAAGAGGCAGGAGGAGUCGGGAAGUGAGAGAAGAGGAAGGCUACGUCCCAACCGCCAAGAAACCCCGUCGCCAAACGGACUUCCAGAAGUAUGACGUGGGGGCCAACUUUUUUGAAUCGGAUGAAGAAAAUGGGACAGAAUAUCGUCCCAGUCCCAUCAGCCGUCUGCAGCGUGGGAGCUUCUCGAAUGACGAAACGGGCGACAGCGGGAAUCGGGAGGGGAAGGAGAGAGCCGCGCAGCACGGCACGGAAGAUACCGAUAGCGUGAAGCUUGGGGAGCAGGAGGGAAAAAGCAGAGAGAUGAAGGAGAGCAGUAAAGCGUCUGACAAAAAGGUGAAAGCGGAGAAAGUCAAGAAUGGAGAGGAGAAACCCUCCGGCAGAAACAACAUGGAGGGUUUAAAGGAGAGAGGAGUGAAGAAGGAGAAAGGGGAGGAAGUGAAGUCGUCCAGUUCUAAAGAGGUGGCCAAGAAAGACAGAAACGGUGGGAAAAAGGAGAACAAAAGCAAAGGCGAAGACAAAAUAAAUGGCAAAAACAGAAGUAAAGAGAAGGAACUCAAGCAGGAGAAGGGUCAGGGAGGCAGCAGCGGCAAGAAGGAGAAGCACACUCUGGAGGGGGCGAGAAAGGAGAAGCCGAAGGUCUCGGACAGCAGCUGUGGAAAGAAGGGCGACGGGAAAAGCAAAGCAUCGGAGAGGGGAGACAGGAGCAAGAAGGACCUCUCAGAAUCUAAGGAUCUGAAGAACAGGAAGCAGGGGCACAAAGAAAAGAAAACGGGGAGCACAGAAUCGGCAAAGGAAGGGAAAAAGAGCAGCUCGACAAAGGAAGAAGGAAAGAGGCCCCAGAAAAUAAAAUUGAAACAGAGGACGCUGAGUCACGUGGAUCUGUUUGGCGACGAGAGUGGAGAUGAGGACGACCCAGGUCAGGCUAGCAGCUUCAGCAAAGGGGAUUCCUUCCAGGGAAAGCGUGAAACCAGCAAGCGGAAAGCCUCUGCGUUCUCCUCUUCAGAGGACGAGAUCGAGGAGGCGACGGAGGAGGAUGACCGGGAUUACUCCAGCUUGCAGAAUGAACUGGAUUACGAGGAGGACCCAAUGGAAGAGUGCCUGAGGAUAUUUAACGAAUCGAAUGAUGUGAAAAUGGAGGACAAGGGGAGGCAAGCCAAACAGGCGCCCAGCGAGCCCUCCGUGAACGGAAGCACAGAGGACACUUUAACAACGCUCUUCCCGGGACAGAAGAAGAGAGUUUCCCACUUUGCAUGCAAAGGAGACGUGGAAGUGACCCUGAAGCAGCCCGCCCGACCCUAUAGAAGGGCCACGGCCCAGGAGACCUGCUACAAGCGCAUCCAGAUGGCACAGCAGCAGGCAGUACAGCUGGCUGUGGCAGCAAAAACAACUACCGUGGCAUACGCAGGAGAGAAGAGGAGGAUUGCUCAUCGGCCAACACUGGCUGCACCAGCUGCGAAAUUCGGCCCAGUGGAAGGAAGGAAAGCUGGCAGCAACGUGGCCUCACCCAGCGGGUCUGGAUCCAGUUCCCUGGCUCUAAAAGCUCACACGCCUGCUUCCUUCCCAUCCAAGACCACCAGCACUGCAGUGCAGAGGAGAAUAGCGCACACCCCUACUUUGAAGAACUUAUCUUCUUUAAAGAGGCCCAUCAUUCCGACCGAGUUUGGUGCCAAAGUCCCGACUAAUGUCCGGCAGAGGUAUCUCAAUCUCUUCAUUGACGAGUGCCUCAAGUUUUUCUCAUCCGAAGAAGGAGCUUUUGAGAAGGCCCUGGCAGAAGAGAAGAUGGUGUAUGACAGAAGCAGCAGCCGCAAUAUCUACUUGAACGUGGCGGUGAACACACUGAAAAAGCUCCGGGGUCAAAGCACUGCCCCCACAUCCCCUACCAACAAGCAUCCCAGUGUGAGUAAGAAGAGUCUCUCCCACGAGGAGCUGCUGGGAGGGAGGCUGGCUGCCAAGACCAGCUUCACCCUGAACCUCCUGGGGAAACCGCAGGAGGAGGACCUCACAGGUGCCACGCUGUACAGGAAAAUGAAAGGGUACCUCAUGACAGAGGAGCAGCUUCAGGAGCAUGGAUACCCCCGACCGAACCCUGACAAACCAGGAGGAGCGAUCGUCCACACAGCCUCUCAGAAGAAAAUCCUUGAUCCCUUCACCAAAGUGUGUUGCCGCUGUGGGUCGGAGUACACAGUCUCUGCGAAUGGGAACUGCGUUCGAAGGGAGGAGUGUACCUUCCACUGGGGGAGGCUGCGGAGACAGAGGGCUCCUGAUGGAUGGGAAACUCAGUACAGCUGCUGCUCUGGAGCGGUGGGGUCCACAGGCUGUCAGGUAGCCAAGCAACACGUCCAGGACGCGCGCAAAGAGAAUCUGGACGGGUAUGUGAGGACAUUCGACAAACCCACCUCACAAGAGGGGAACCCUGGCGUCUACGCUCUGGACUGUGAGAUGUGCUACACAAAGCAAGGUCUGGAGCUUACCAGGGUCACGGUGGUCAACUCCGAUCUGAAAGUGAUCUACGACACGUUCGUCAAACCUGACAGCAAAGUCAUAGAUUACAACACCAGGUUUUCAGGGGUGACUGAAGAGGACCUUGAAAACACCACCAUAACAAUCCGCGAUGUCCAGGCCGUGCUGCUCAGCAUGCUCAGCGCUGACUCCAUCCUGAUUGGACACAGCCUGGAGAGCGACCUGUUUGCACUGAAGCUGAUCCACAGCAGGGUGGUGGACACUGCAAUAGUCUUCCCUCACCGGCUGGGACUGCCAUACAAGCGAGCCCUUAGAACUGUCAUGGCAGAAUACCUCAAGCGCAUCAUUCAGGACAACGUGGAAGGACACGAUUCCAGCGAAGACGCCUCCGCUUGCAUGGAACUCAUGAUCUGGAAAAUCAAAGAAGAUGCUAAAGUUAAGAGAUGACCCUCCUUUACUUUAAAAAGAAAAAAAAAAUGUAAAAAACCACACACGCGCAAAUGAAGGACCUAAUUCAUGUAGGCUAAGCAGGAACUAUAGCUGCUGCUGAAGAUGCACUUAAUAAUGGAUCAUGAACAUGGG